GUUGACCGUCACGCGUUGUACCGUUUUGUGUUUUGCUUAUUUCCAUGACAACCUCAGAGGCUUCGACGGACAAAAACACAAAGCUAUGGAUGAUUUUCACAAUGCAGAAGAGACUGCCUUCGUGGUGGAUGAAGUGAGCAGCAUCGUUAAAGAGUCUGUUGAAGGAGUCAUUGGAGGAAACGUUUAUCAGCACAACCGAGUGAAUCAGUGGACGUCGAAUGUGGUGGAGCACUGCUUGAGUCAACUCAGUAAACUGGGCAAACCUUUCAAAUAUAUUGUGACCUGCAUUAUAAUGCAGAAAAACGGUGCUGGAUUGCAGUCGGCUUCCUCAUGUUUCUGGGACAACACUACAGAUGGCAGUUGUACAGUCAGAUGGGAGAAUAAAUCCAUGUACUGCAUCAUCAGUGUGUUUGGACUCGCCAUUUAAACUGCUACGCAAAUAAUCAACCUACAAACACUGCUUCCUGCUGCUCACUUGUGUUUUCCAUUUAAACUGCCAUUUGUA